GCCUCCUGUCUUGAAAGGGAGGUGAAGAAUAGUUUACUUUCCAGAGUUCAAGGUUUGGUGUCGGUGUCCGUCUGGAGUAAAGAGUUUCGCCGAGGCUUCGAGCCCCCUUUCACCGAGCCAACAUGUAUAAGAUUAGGGAGAUGGUUGACAAAGCAACCAAUGUGGUGAUGAACUACUCAGAGGUGGAAGCUAAGGUCAGAGAGGCCACCAAUGACGACCCUUGGGGACCAUCAGGACAGCUGAUGAGUGAAAUUGCAAGAGCCACCUUCAUGUAUGAGCAGUUUCCAGAGGUGAUGAACAUGCUGUGGGCUCGCAUGCUGAGGGACAACAAGAAGAACUGGAGGAGAGUCUACAAGUCCCUGCUACUGCUGGCCCAUCUAAUCAGGAAUGGAUCGGAGAGGGUUGUAACCAGUGGCAGAGAACAUCUGUAUGACCUUAGAUCAUUAGAAAGCUACCACUUUGUAGAUGAGAAUGGGAAGGACCAAGGUGUGAAUGUGCGUCAAAAGGUGAAGGAGCUGGUGGAGUUUGUUCAGGACGAUGAGAGGCUCAGGGAAGAACGGAAAAAGGCAAAGAAAAACAAGGACAAAUACAUUGGAGUGUCCUCUGACAGCAUGGGAUACCGCGGUUACUCGGGAGACAGGUACGACUCCAGUGACAGCCGGGGAAAGUGGGACGACGACUGGGACAAGAAUAAAGGGCCGUUCCCCUUCAGUGAAAAGUUGGGGGAGAUCACCGACAAAAUCGGCAGCACCAUUGAUGAUACCAUAAAUAUAUUUAGGAAGAAGGACAGAGACGACUCGCCAGAUCGAUUCAGUGACAACGAGGAGGACAGAAGUCGAUCGUCUCACAACGGCCAGCCGAGAAAAGAGUUCAAAGACGAAGAAGAGACUGUUACCACCAAGAGUGUACAGAUUGUCCAAGCAACAGAGACAACAGCAAAACGAUCGAAGAAAGGAGUACCGUCAAAGAAAGUAGACCUUGGGGCCGCAGCCCACUACACAGGAGACCAGAGCCCAGAUACCACCACCAAACAGCCCCAGCAAGCAGCAGCCUCUCAGCCCCCCACUACUGCCCUAGCUGACCUGCUAAUGGUGGACACGACACCCAGUCAGCCUGCUGCCACAGACCUGAUCGGUGGAUUUGCUGACUUCUCCUCAACUGCUGCCUUUGCUGGGAUGUCCUCUGGAUCCGCAGCAGCACCAGCCUCUAACACCAACGGAGACUUUGGAGAAUGGAACGCCUUUCCUGGAGGUCAGAUGCCAGCAUCUGCUCAGACCGUCGACAUCAGUGGAAAUGACCUUUUUGCAGCCAUGACAGCAGGUCCUGCUGCUGCUGCUGCUGCCGCUGCUGCUACCCCCACCCCAGCCCCGGUCUCAGCACCAGCCUCUGGUCCUGCCUCAGCUGACCUGUUUGACUUGAUGGGGCCCUCUCAGUCCCUCACCUCCUCUCAGAGCCUCAACUUUAGCAUGACACAGAGCAUGAGCAGCACAGUCCUGCCUCAGUCUAGGUCACAGCCCCUCCAGAACAUGGGUGGUCCUUUACAACCGCAGUCUGUGCAGCCCCUUCAGCCUACGCAGCAGGGAGGAGCUAUGCAAGGUGUAGGAGCCAAAGUACCCCUCCCAUCCACCUGGUCAGAUCCUUCAGUUAACAUCAGCCUGGACUUCCUGGGCCCUGGCAUGCAGCCCCCCAAGCCUAGCCAGCCCAGUCUCAACACCCUCCAACAAGGCAACCAGGCACCUGCCAACAUGCUCUCCCAGGGAUUUUCCAGUAUGAGUCUUGGAACUACAACUGUCAGACCACCUGUUAAUCCUAUGAUGCACCCUGGUGCUGGCAUGGGAAUGGGAAUGGGCAUGGCGCCCAACCAGGGCAUGAUGGGGAUGGGCAUGAACAUGGGGAUGCAACAGUCAGGUAUGACGAUGGGGAUGCCCGGUGCCAUGGGGAUGGGGAUGGGGAUGGGAAUGGGAAUGGGGAUGGGGAUGAACCCUGCCAUGGUCCAACAGCCCAAACACGAUGCCUUUGCUGACUUUGGCAACUUUGGAAAGUGAUGGAACUGGAGAGCAAAGAUUAUCAGGAGCGGUGGCAGUCUCUCUGUCCGUCCAUUGGCGAAGGAUUGUGUUAUGAGCUGCAAACAAAGAGUACUUGAAUAAUAUCAACUAUCAUAAUACCAACACCAUGCAAUCUCCCUAUCGUGUUUUUUUUUUUUUUUAAAGUAAUGUAACAAUAUGGAUCUAAAUGAAUGUGUCUGUGUUGUUCAAACCAAUGAUCCGUCUGGUCUGGGAUAGUGGUCAGACAGACACACUGAUGAUAAGUGUGUCAUGUUGGUUGGUUAUGAGUCAGUGAGAAAAAGGAAGAGAGAGCCACUGAGAGAAUGUCAGGGGGAUUUGCUUUAUAACCUCAAUCAAGUGAAAUCACCAGAAUAGCAGGAAAAAAAAAAAAAAACAUGUAUCAGUAGCUGCAUAAUUUUGUUUUUCUUUUUUGAGACGCAUUCUCAAUAACCGUACUGAAUGAUGAGUUUGGAUAACAUGAUCAGGCUUUUUAUCUUUCUAACAUACAUUGAAGAAUGUCAAGUUACCUCUUUUCUGUCCUCGUUCUUCCUUUGACCUGUAAAUAGAAAUCUGGAGCUCCUACAAUAAGUUAUGAAGUUCAUAUAUGAGAGGCUGUGACAAUGUGAAGAGUUGUAUCAUACAGACCAAAUCUGAUAUGAAUUGAGACCUAUAACAAAGCACAUUAACACCUUCUCUUUGUACAUAAGUGUCCACACUCCAAGUGUAACUAGAGUUGUACAGUUGGAGUAAUUAAUAAUUGUUUGCAGUGAAAGAUAUUGAUUAAUCUGAGGAAUUUUUUCCUUCAGCAGACCAUCAUUUGUGGCCUUUCCUAUUGAUAUAUAUCGACAUAUUUUACUUAUGAAGAAUAUUGUAAUCAGUUCGCAUCCAAAUGAGAUAAUCAGUAGGUAGAAAAAGCCUCAUUCAGGGGUUGUGGGUUCUUCGUUACAGUGCCUGAAAGACCUUUUGCCUUUUCUCUUCAGUUAACCUCUUUGAAAGAGACAAUACGACUGUGCAGUGUUGAAGAUAGCUGCCAGGAUGGAGCUUCUGUACUUUGUGCAAACAUAAAGUGUGUUUGUACCUCAAACCUGUCUUUACAGAUUUCAGUCAUUCUAUUGUUUGUCCAAUGCGCCAUUUUUACUGUUUCCAGCGUAUUCAGGCCAGCGAUAGCGUCAGAGCUACAAAAACACCCUGAUGAAAGACCUAUUACUGUUAAUUCAGCACCUCAAGUGUUGAUUGAGACUGUUAAGAUUGUACAUUGCGUCUGUCUGUUAAACGUGCCUCUUGGUAAACGCUGCCUUUUCAUUUUUCACCUUUCAUCUUCAUUAACAUUGCACAUUAAAACAGCAAAUCUUGAAAACAUUGUCACUGUCAUGACCGUCAUGAGUCCAGGUCUGCGUGUUUUGAAACUUAUCAGGUACAAAACAUUGUGUGAGAGAAGAAGCACUUUUACCAGCUGGGAUGCAGUUUGUACAAACCCAGUCUGUUCUGUUGGUUAGAUGAAGAAGACGUGUUGUGGGGGCAUCACAGCAUCAACAGUCCCACGUUGCCUGUUAGAUGUACACAACAUUUCUCUUCAGUGGUCCAAGUGCCUGCCGAUGGUUGCCUCCUGACCCUUGUACGAGUGAUUGAUAAUCAAAAUUGGACCUUGGGUGCCUGACAUUUUUGGUAUGUCAACAAUGAGAUAAAUAAUUCACUGACCAGAGGAGAAGGCAGUGGAUUCUGCAGCCCCGGGAGGAAUGAAGUUGUGCUUUCCUACUCUCCCAAGGGCUCGAGAGGCUGAGCACACUAACACAGAGUAGCCCUGCAUCGGUGUCUGAAGCAUAAAAAUGACCAAAAUCUGUUUGCUGUUUUUCUAUUAUCAGUAGAGAUUGUUUAUGCAUUUUUUGUUUUCUACUUUGAAUCAUUUUGGUCCUCUCUAAAAUGGGAUUGUUACUGAAACACUAGUGUAUGCAAAUGUUUUUAAAAAAUCCUUUAAGAAAAAUUUAAUUUUGCAUUAUUCCCAUUUUGAUUUGAUUUACACGUCAAGAUUCUUUAUCUACAACAUUAAACAGUUGAUUGAAAUUU